ACACCCCGAUAGAGAAGGAGGAGGAGGGAGGGGGCAGACGGGAGAGAGAGAGAGAGAGAGAGAGAGUUGCACGGAGUGAGUGGAAAAAGAAAAAGUCCGUGGAAAGAGAGGGAGAAAAGUGGAACGGGCAUUUCAACCUUCUCGUUUGUUUUGAUUUUGUCGGCUUCGCCUCGUGUUUCAACGGGAAGGCUCGAAUAUGCAACUUCGCAGCGUGUGUGAAGUAAUCAGGAGUUCAGCGCGGACACGGUCCUCCUCCAUCGGCACGACGCGCUCCGAUAUCUGACCGUGAAAGAGCGAGUCUGUCCGGCCACAAGGCAGCAACAACGAGCGUCCUCCACGCUGAGGAGGAAAAACAAAACGCGAAAACUGCAAACAAACCGGGGGAGGACGAGUGAAGGGGCUGGAUUUGAGGAGGAAAAGUUUACAGAGGAGUUUUGUGUGCGAUCCUGAGCUCAUCGAGAGGAAGAAGUUCAUUUCAUCUCUCUCUCUCUUUCUCACUCACUCUCUUUCACAGUUAGCACGACUGCUAACGAAGCGGCUAUACUCUCCAACAUGAAGACCCCGGGCGAUACGGGGUUUGCCUUCCCAGACUGGGCCUACAAGCCGGAAUCAAGUCCUGGUUCCAGACAGAUCCAGCUCUGGCACUUCAUCCUCGAGCUGCUGCGCAAGGAGGAGUACCAUGAUGUCAUCGCCUGGCAGGGAGACUACGGCGAGUUCGUCAUCAAAGACCCGGACGAAGUGGCACGACUGUGGGGCGCUCGCAAGUGCAAGCCCCAGAUGAAUUACGACAAGCUCAGCCGAGCGCUCAGAUACUACUACAACAAAAGGAUCUUGCAUAAGACCAAAGGGAAAAGAUUCACCUACAAGUUCAACUUCAACAAGCUGGUGCUGGUCAACUAUCCCUUCAUUGACAUGGGCUCUGCAGGUUCUGGUGUUCCACAAAGUGCUCCGCCUGUCCCAUCUGGCGUAAGCACUCAUUUCCGCUUCCCUCCAUCCACGCCGUCGGACGUCCUCUCUCCUAGCGAGGAACUGCGCAGUCCCGGUGUCUUCAGUGCUGUGCCUCGACGCAUAGCUCGUGGCUCUGUCUCCGACUGCAGCGAUGGCACCUCCACCAACUCGGAGCUUGAGGAAACUGGCAUAGCUCCCGGUGACGACCGCCCGGCCGACCGUGCCUUCAGAAACCUGCUCCAUCCACGCUUGUCCCACGACUCCUUGUUCCGUGUCUACGGCGCACCACCCAACCCAGCUGGGCUCUCCAGGAGCGGGCCCCAUGCGCCCCCACACAGGGUCCACCCUGAACCCUUGUCACCAUUCCCAGUGUCCCCUCUCCCAGGCCCUGGAGGCUUGCUGGCUCCUGCUCUUUCUCCAGCUCUCUCCAUGACCCCUACAUCUCACAUGCCCUACACACCUUCUCCAUCCCUGUCACCCAUGCUGGGCUCCCACUUCUCGUUCAAUCCAGAAGACAUGAAGCGCUACCUGCAAGCUCACACUCAGAGUGUCUACAACUAUCAUCUGAGUCCUCGUGCGUUCUUGCACUACCCCAACAUCGUCAUCCCUCAGCCUCAGCGCCCGGACAAGGGACUGGGAGGACCUGCAGGUGUAGGUCCACACCUGCCAAGUCACCCUCUGCACCACCAGGCUGAGGAGCCUCAUCUAUCUCCAUUCAAGUUUAAGUUACAGCCACCACCACUGGGUCGCAAACAGAGAGAAGGACCAAACCCGGCACCAAAUUCUGGAAGCGCUGCUGCUUCCUUUUCUUACAGCGGGGAGCCUGGUUCGGCCUCAAACUCUGCUUCAUCUGGAAUGAUGACCAACAACUUAACCCCAGCUGGUCCACCAAAGAUCAAGGUUGAGCCCAUCUCAGACAUGGAAUCGGAGGAAGAAGUCGAGGUCACCGACAUCAGCGAGGAGGAGCAUGAAGACGAUGAAUGUGAUGUCUUUUCCCCUCCCCACCCCAACGGUGGCCUCGCCCCUCCACCCAACCACGAUCGCAUGACUGAUGAUGAUGAUCUCGAGGAAGACGUCUUCAAGACCCCAGCUGCCCCUACCUCAGGGCUUGGGGUAAACCUUUUAGGUCUUAAAGCAGAACCCCGAGAGCUAAACCUGGGCCAGGGUGCUCCUGUUAGCCCCGGGGGUACACGCUGCAUCCCUCUGAAGCUGCGUUUUAAACGCCGCUGGAGUGAGGACCAGCGAAUGGAGGCGGGAACCGAAGAGGCUGAGGACAAGAAGAGCAGGGCUGAGAGGGAGGAUCUUACCCAGGAGGUGGAGCCUAAACUGGGGGAGGAAAAUGGAGACCGGAAGAGUCCGGAAACUUUGGCUGCGCCCCUGGGGACGGGCCAGAGGAGGGUGAGCUCGGAGCUGCAGCGAGCGACAGCACAGCUGUCUUUAGAAAACAACGUUUGCUGAAGAGGACAUGGUCAAGCACAAAAACUUACCAACACAGAGCUGUCCUCCUUAAGGGCUGAAGGCAACUGUUGCGUUGAAGACCAUCUAUUCAGCAAGUUCAGACGCCCAAACCCUGUACAUGCAGGUUGACUCACUUCAAAAUGUUGCAACACUAAAAAUUAUUAAUACUGACAUUUUUCAAUGCAUUUUAAGUAACCAGGCCCCAAGUUUAGCCAGAGCCCCUUGCUUACCGAACCCAUUCCUUUUUGUUUGUUGUGUCAGACUAACAUCAUCCCAAUGGUCUCAUUGAAUUCGUGGACACUUGGACACUGUUUUGUUUUCCCCAAGCUCUCCGUUAGGAUUUAGGGAUCAACCCAAUACAUUUUUUUAAAAAAUCAAGAGAUUACAGAAGUGCCUAAAGUAGACGUUGAUGCACCCCUGUAAAAUAUGGGUAAUGAUGGUGAUAAUUAGUCCUUUUUUUGUCUUGUCAUUCAUGCCCAUGCAAUUUAGGCUCACAUGGUCACAGGCAAGUGGCAAGUUUCGCUUAAACAGACACUCUUGGGUGAAGUGAAAAUGCAGGAAGGAUGCUGGCCGACAACUCCAACUCAGUCAUAGUUCUCAGACUCUGCGAUUACAGACGCUUUCUUUUAUUUUUGCCUGACUCUUUGCAGAACCAGCUUGCCUUUCGCUCUCAAACCAGGACCUUCAUGUCACUGCCUUCAGAGCCAUUAACGCUAGCGCGCUACCAGCCUUCACUGCCGGCUCCGGACAUCAACUUUCCCAGCUGUUUAUCAAGCACAGCCGGCGAACGGGACCACUUGAUAACUUAUCUUAACGCAUGUAUAUACAUUGGGGGAUUCAUUUUUUUAUUUGUUAGUCCAUGUUCAUGACCACCAGCUGGAUGACAAAUUAUAGAUCACAUGAUUAUUCCUUCACCAAUUUAUUUAUUUAUUUUUUUAUAAUGCAGUUUUAACCCUGAGGGAACGUAAUAGACAACGUAUCAGAAAUGGUUUUAGCUUCGUAAUCAAUUCUAAAACCACUUAAACAAUCCUGUACACCCUGCUGUUUUGUAAAGAACACGAAUCAUCACAAUUUGUUGGCGGUAAAUCUCAGGCAUAGCUCCCGACAUCCCUUUCCUCUAUCCGACAGGUGAAUAUAAAGCCUUCAAAUGAACAAACAUUUGUGCCUUUUUACACAAGACUGACCGCCCAGUGCUUUUCAACGGGUUGCUUUAUCGACACGUACAGGAGAGGCCUUAGAAACAUGACCUCAAACACUGCUUUUAUGCCUUAUUUAGUUUUGUACCUACCUUAAAAGAAACUAUCCUAAAUAAGAUUUGCAUUUAGAGUCCAUAUAUUCUCACUUUAUUGCACGAUAGUCGUAUAUAUUUGAUAAAAGAACAAACGCUGGUUUUGAUACAAAUUAUAUUUCAGAAGGUAAAUCUAUAUGGUUUAGUUCCAGGGCUCUUACAGUGACAGAAAAGUGUUGUUAUAGACAAAGCUAAACAUAACUGACCAAUCGUCGAGAACCCUGAAUGGCACAGCUGUCCUUGGCCUUAUAAGGCCCCUACGUAUAGUUUUAACUUGACCCGUCGCAUUUGCGUUCUCCAUCUUAGUCUCUCUGCAGUGUUUUAGUUGCAGGAGGCUGCUCUUUACCUACGCUGAUCGAGAUUGAACAGGUAACACAUCCUUAAUUUGUAGCAAAAUGCAGGGACUUGGUAGUUGAUGACGUCUCAAGAAAGGGACCUCACUUUAAACUGACAACUAGAAAGCGGACAUUCAGCCUCUUCGCCCUCACCUAAGGAGGAAGUAUAGGACCUGACACACUUAACACUCUUUCCUUUUUCCUCUUUUUACUUUUUUUGGACUUUGUUUGGCGGCCUUACACCGGUUCAGUAUCUGUAUUUCAACUGACAGCUGCCUUAUUUGUUAGAAAAUACUUUUUUUGUUUCGUUUUGUUUUCUCUCGCUCUCUAUUCAGUAUAAACAGUGCUGUUUUAUUAUACCUUUUUUUGUUUAUAUUACCAUUUAUCAUUUUUAAUGUUGAUAUUAUUGCUGGUAUUUCGUUUGUACCCCUUUUCCUGAAUUUUAACCCUCAAGAUGAACAUUUUAAUAAAGCGUAUUCCUCUACCCUCUUGAUACCAUGAUAUAAAAGUGCUCUGGCUUUGUAUUAUUGCUGGUUUUUAGUUGUAAUUAAGAAAACCAGGUGAAGAGGGAGGGUGACAUUAUGCUAUCACAUUAUUUUUAUUUUAAUGCCUUUUUUUUUGGUUGUGUACAUAUAUAAAUAUAUAUUUUCCAUUUUGAGGGGAUGAUGUAAGAAAAAGACAUUUCUUUAUUGUGUUCAAGGUCUUUCUCCUUUUGCUUCUUUCUUAAAGCUUUCCAUCCGUCUCUCUACGGUUAUGUAAUACUUUGUAAAGAGAGACGAAACUUGACGUUACAAGGAACCAUGCAUACUUUAGUUUCUCAUGUGGUUUCUUUUGCUCUUGUAAUUAAAACUGUAAUCAGGGUUCAUUAAAACAGGUAAAAACGGA